CCUUGUCGACUGAGUCGAGGUCGUCGGAGUAGUUGUUCCUUCUUCCCGGUUUCACGAAAACCGGCAAAUCGGGAUAGACAACCGCCGUGGUCCGUGCACGGACAGGGCCACCAUCAUGGAGCAGGAGUCAACCGACGCCGGCGCCCUGCUCGAUCCCCUAUCGAACCCAUUCGCAUCGCUGGACUCCCUAUCACCGGACCUCUCCUCCCUCAACGACCUGGCUACCCGCGGCUCGUGGCGGUCCAUCCUCGACAAGGUGUCCCGAUCGCGUUCCCUCAACCUUCUCCGCCACCCCCACCACCACCUCACCUACCUCUCCUUCAACGUCCUCGCCCUCUCGAAGCUCCGCCGCUUCGCCGACGCCAGCGCUGAGCUUGAGUCCCUCCAAGACCUCGACAGCCCCGAAUACAGGUACGAAUCCUACCCCAAGAUCUACCCCGACCGGUCCGGUUCCAUGGUCCCCUUCUUCCUCCGGUGGCUCCACUGCAUUGUCCCCCUCAGACUGGAGCAGCGCAGGGAGGGUUUAGAUCGCCUCUACAGGCUGGUCGACCUCGUUAGGGAAAAAUUGAAAGAAAGGGAAGCUAAUUCCCGCGAAGAGUCGUUGAAUGUGUGGAAAAGGAGGGAGCUUUUUGUGAUGAACACCAUCAUUGGAGACCACUUGAGCCACAAGGAGUUCAGUGUUUGCUUGGAUUUGAUUAAGGAUUUGCUUAGUAGGGAUUGCUCAGGUUUGGAUGCGGUUCUGUUGUCGAAACUAGGUUAUAUUCAGUUGCAGGUGGGAGACUUGGAGGGCGCUAAAGGAGCAUUCAGUCGGGUCGAGGGAAUAUCAAGUGAAGGGAAUUCCGUGGAAUUGAAGAACCUCGUGAACCGAAACAAGGCAUUGAUUUACUUGGUCGGGAAAGAUUAUGUUUCAGCAGUUAGAGAAUACGAGGUGUGUAUCGAGAGGGACCAUAUGGAUUUUGUGGCGAUCAACAACAAGGCAAUUUGUUUGAUGUACUUGAGGGACUUGUCGGACUCGAUAAAGGUGUUGGAGAACUCGCUCGAGAGGGUUCCCAUGGUCGCGUUGAACGAGACCCUCGUGGUGAAUCUUUGCAGCAUGUAUGAGUUGGCUUAUGUUAAUCACUCAGAGAUUAAGAAGACUCUGAGCAAUUGGAUUGCCCGGGUGGCUCCCGAUGAUUUUGACUCAUCAUGUACGAGGAUUUGAGGCUGUGUCAUCCCCUUUUUGGCCAGUGCGGUUACUUGUGAAUGUAUACUUUACUGAAUUAUGUGAGCACUUGUUCUUAACAUCAGAGCCGCAUAAAGUUGCCCGAGUCGAAACAUUGAAUCAAUUUAUUUCAUAAGCUUGUAGUCCAUAAUUUUUCCAGCAAUGUUGAUUUAGAUGCUUAAAUUGUUUCCCCAUUGGGUAAAGUAGGAGCAAUCUGUAUCGAACCUGCUUCUGAAGAUGAUGACAAUGACAUUUGGUUGGAGUACAAAUUCUUUCUGGCUCUUUCUUAUC